AUGGAUGCCAAAAACUUGAUCGAAAGCUUCAAAGUGGAUCUUACCUGUUUCAUAUGCUCGGGCUAUUUCACUGACCCAGUUAUUCUCGAAUGUGGCCACACCUUCUGCAAAGAGUGUCUUCUCAGCUGCUGGCAGGAACAACACCCAACAACCUGCCCAAAUUGCAAGGCAAUCAUUGCAUUUGGAGACUUUUCCUAUGAUAGGAAGUUGCAGAAUCUGGCUAUCAUUGGCAAGAUGCUUAGACCAUAUUUACUGCAGAGCAUCAAAGACCUGACUACCUGUGAGAAACAUGGGAAAGAAGAGACCUUGUUCUGCGAGGAGGACCACAGACCCUUGUGUGGGCCUUGCUUUUUAAGCCAAGAGCACAAGGAGCACACAGUCCUUUCCUUGGAAAAGGCUGCUGGUCAGUGCAUGGAAAAGCUCCAGGCAAUGUGGGAUAUUCUGAAGACUAAGAGGGAAGAAUUUCAAUCACAACUGAAAGGGGAGAUGGGGAAAGAAAUAUUGUGGACUGUGGAGGACCGAAUUGUCAAAAAAAUGGUUCUAUAUGAAUAUGAGAAAAUGCACCAGUUCUUCUUGGAAGAAGAACAGUUAAAGUUGCUAACACAGGACAAGGAAGCAGGAGACAACUUGGCAGCUGAGGACAGCAAAGCCAGCCAUUCCCAAGAGAACAUCAAUCUUCCAAUGAAGGCACAGCAGCAGCCUGUGGAAAUGUUCAAGUUGGAAAGCCAGGCUAUGAAAAAGUCUGUUAUGGCUCAAUUUGAGAAAAAGCACCUGUUCUUGUCAGAGCAAAAACACCUCCAUCUGCAAAGAUUGGAGCAGCAAGUAAAAGAAAACUUGGCGAAGUUUGAGGAUAACAAGGCAAAAAUCACCCAACACAUCCAUAAUCUGCAAAUGUCGAUGUCUGAAAUAGAGAAAAAUUUUGAGAAGCUUCCCAUUGAAAUGCUCCUGGAUUCAAAAGGCAUAUUGGAAAGGAAUGAUGAGUUACUUCUUCAUAAUCCAGUGGUUGCUUUACCCAGAAGGACCAUGUACCCCAUCUCUGGCAUGUCAGAAAUGCUGCUGACUUACCACAGAGAGAUAACUCUGGAUCCUGAAACAGCAAAUCCUCAUCUCAUCGUGUCUGAUGAUCUGAAAAGUGUCAGAUAUGUUUCUGUCCCACAGGAUGUGCCUGACAACCCAGAAAGAUUUGAUUUUGCUCUCUGUGUCUUAGCUACUCAGACCUUCAUUUCAGGGAAACACUAUUGGGAAAUAAAAGUAAGGGACACAUCAGGGUGGGAAGUGGGCAUCUUUAAAGACUCAAUCAGAAGGAAAGGCAAUAUCUCCAACUUUUCUACGGAUAGAUGUACCCUUUUAAGCUGGGGAUUUGAAAAUUACUUUCUCUUCCGGAAUUCACAGUGUAAGUGUAUUUUUGUAGACCGACCUAUUCAUAAGGUAGGAAUUUUCCUUGAUUAUGAAAGAGGGCAUGUGGCAUUUUAUAAUGCUAUAGAUGGAACUCUGAUAUAUAGUCUCCCAAAAGGUGUGAAGGUCAUUGUGAACCCUUAA